CGCGCCACCUUUUAGCGUCACGGGCGGGGCUCAGCUUCCGAACCCGGGGCUUUGAACAUGUCGCGCCUGAAGCGGGCUGGGGAGCGGGAUCCCCGGGCGGGUUUCAGAGCGGAGAGGAGCGACCGCGCUACCUCGGUGCCGCAGGGACUCUUGAAGGCGGCGAGGAAGAGCGGCCAGUUAAACCUGUCGGGGCGGAACCUCACUGAAGUGCCUCAGUGUGUCUGGAGAAUAAAUUUGGAUGUCCCUGAGGAAGCUAAUCAAACUCUUUCAUUUGGUGCUACUGAUCGAUGGUGGGAGCAGACUGAUUUGACCAAACUGAUCAUUUCAAACAAUAAACUUCAGUCACUAGCAGAUGACCUUCGGCUGCUGCCUGCAUUGACUGUUCUUGAUAUACAUGACAAUCAGAUAACAUCACUUCCUUCUGCUUUAGGAGAGUUGGAGAAUCUUCAGAAACUUAAUGUCAGCCAUAACAAACUGAAAAUACUCCCUGAAGAAAUUACAAAUUUGAGAAACCUGAAGGGUCUGUAUCUCCAACAUAAUGAACUCACCUGCAUACCAGAGGGAUUUGAACAACUUUUCAAUUUAGAAGAUUUGGAUCUUUCAAAUAAUCGUCUUACAACUGUUCCUGCUAGUUUUUCUUCUCUAUCCAGUUUGGUGAGACUCAAUCUUUCCAGUAAUCAACUGAAGAGUUUGCCAGCAGAAAUAAGUAGAAUGAAAAAAUUAAAGCAGUUGGAUUGUAAUGCAAAUCUUUUGGAAACUAUACCUCCUGAACUGGCUGGCAUGGAAUCGCUAGAAUUGCUUUAUUUGCGGAGGAAUAAGUUACAUUUUCUACCAGAAUUUCCUUCUUGUAAGCUAUUAAAGGAAUUACAUGUAGGUGAAAACCAGAUUGAAAUGUUAGGGGCAGAACAUCUUAAGCAUCUGAAUUCCAUCCUUGUGCUAGACCUGCGGGACAACAAGUUAAAAUCUGUUCCAGAUGAAAUCUCACUACUAGAGUCUUUGGAAAGACUUGACCUAAGCAACAAUGAUAUUAGUAGUUUGCCCUUUUCAUUGGGAAACCUUCAUUUGAAAUUCCUGGCUCUGGAAGGAAAUCCUUUGAGAACUAUCCGAAGAGAAAUUAUAAAUAAGGGAACCCAAGAAGUUCUAAAAUAUUUACGAAGCAAGAUUAAAGAUGAUGGACCCAAUCAAAGUGACUCUGUUAUUGACACUGCCAUGACACUACCAAGUGAAUCCAGAGUCAAUGUACAUGCCAUCAUCACAUUAAAAUUAUUAGACUAUAGUGAUAAACAAACAACUUUAAUUCCUGAUGAAGUGUUUGAUGCAGUAAAAAGCAAUAUUAUCACUUCUAUUAAUUUCAGUAAGAAUCAGCUCUGUGAAAUUCCAAAAAGGAUUGUAGAACUGAAGGAAAUGGUUUCUGAUGUCAAUCUUAGUUUUAAUAAACUUUCAUCCCUAUCAGUGGAUUUGUGUAUGCUUCAAAAAUUGACAUUUUUAGAUCUCAGGAAUAAUUUUUUAAAUUCUUUGCCUGAAGAAAUGGGAUCAUUGAUAAGACUACAGACAAUCAAUCUUUCCUUUAAUAGGUUCAAAAUACUACCUGAAGUUCUCUAUCGUAUCCACACACUUGAAACAAUUUUGAUUAGUAACAAUCAGGUUGGAUCUGUGGAUCCCCAGAAAAUGAAAACAAUGGAAAAUUUGAUUACAUUGGAUCUUCAAAAUAAUGACCUCCUACAAAUUCCACCAGAGCUUGGGAACUGUGUGAACUUAAGAACAUUGCUUCUAGAUGGAAAUCCAUUCCGUGUUCCUAGAGCUGCCAUAUUAAUGAAAGGAACAGCUGCUAUUCUGGAAUAUUUGAGAGACCGAAUUCCUACUUGAAUGAGAAUUGUUUUACAUUUUUCUAAGGUGUUAUACAUUUAUUAUGGUAACCACAUGUAGUCUUCAUACAUUUGUUCUGAAUGUUUAAUACAAUACUUAUGGUAUUCACUUUUAUUCCCUUAUAACAUGAAAGUCUUCAAAGUGAAUGUUUAAUGUACUUUAAUAUUUUUAUAAUCACUACCUUUUUUAUAGAGUGGGUUUUUUUUCCUGUCCCAUUUCUGUUUGUUAAAAUAUGUGAACAAUUGACUUGAAUAUGCCCAUCCCAUUUCCACCUUUUCUUUAGAUAUAAAAUUGAAUUUAUUAUCCAGUACUGUAUUUGCCUUUGAAAAACUGCUUUACCCAUAAUAGGGCUUUUUUGUAGUUGCAAAUAAGUUUAAGUUAGCUUUUUUUUUUUUAAAGAUUUAUACGGGAACUGGGGUACAGGCCCUGUGGACACUGAGUGGGGGACUGAGGACACUGGGGGUCCUGGGUGGGAGUUGGGCCCU